GUACCCCUCGCCCCUAUUCGCUGCAGCGGGCUCGAAUACUGCCAUAAUCCACAUAAAAUCUUGGACUCGCCGAAGAAGAGGAAGAGCGGAAAGGAGUCGAAGGCGAACAUGUCGCACAACCCUUCUCAGCUCCUCCCUUCAGAGCUGAUCGAUCGGUGCAUCGGAUCGAAGAUAUGGGUGAUAAUGAAGGGCGACAAGGAGCUCGUCGGAACGCUCAGGGGUUUCGAUGUCUAUGUCAAUAUGGUCCUCGAAGAUGUCACGGAAUAUGAAAUCACAGCUGAAGGUCGCCGGAUAACAAAGCUUGAUCAGAUACUGCUAAAUGGCAACAACAUUGCCAUCCUGGUCCCUGGUGGUUCCCCCGAUCCAGAAUGAAAGAACAGAUAUUUUUGAAGUGAGCUGAGAUUUAUUGGCUUUUUUAAGUUCGUGGACUGAUAUAAAUCAAAAUCUUAACGGAUUAUUGUGAACCAAAUAUGUAGGAUGAUACCGAUAAUAGGCUUAUGUUCUAUUGAAAUCUUCUUUUUUUUUUAACAGAUACAUUUGAUCUGCCUUGAUCAAUCGCCGACAAUGCUUUUCGGGACAAAUAUUGCAUUUGUAAUGACUAAUGACUCUGCAUUAUAGCCU